AUGAAAUACUACUAUGCUUUCUUCUUGGUUUUAAUUUUCCUGAUGAUAAAUACAGAAGAUUUAUAAAAUCUCACACAGAUAGAACAAAUAGAGGAUACUAUAGAAAAGAAUAAAAAAUUAGCAGAAUUUAUAGAUGGUAGAUAGAUCCAUGAUUUAUUUCUCUUAUAUGCAGUGAAAAUGAUUGAUUCAAAUCUUAGAAUAGCUUAUCAUAAUUUAGAGUAAGUAGCAACAUCACUUUAAAAUAUAUCAAUCUUACUCUAUAAUAGGGUUACAAGAUCAUCUAAAAUUCAAUCCAAAAGUAUUCCAUCAUAAAUAAACUUUGCUAAUUAUUUUGGUGGUGCUUCAAUACUCGCGAGAAGUAAACAAUUGCUUGGAGUGGAUAAUAUUUUAGUUGACAAUCAAGAAAGGUAUUUUAUAUUUAUUUAAAUUUAGCUAUAUGAUUACAGAGUGUAAUUUAGAAAAAUUGUUUUUUGUAAUUUGUUUAAAAGAAGAAAUCUAAUUAGAAACAAUAUACUUUAUCAAUAAAGAAUUUUACUCAUCUACAAUUAAAAAUUUUAAAGUAUCAUUCAAGAAUAAUUAUUUUUCUUAGGUAUUUGGAAGUAUUGUGUAUCCUACUGAAAGUUGGGAUUUUCUAUAGGCAUUUGAAUCAGAGGAUAUAAAUGAAUGGUAAAGUUUUGAAUUUGAAUCGCAUUUUCUUAGAUAUUUGAAAAUAGAAAUUAUUGAUUUUCAUCAUGCAGAAUAUCAUUGUACUUUAACUUAAAUUAGGUAAUUAGAUUAUACUAAAUUAAUUAGAGUUUUUGGAUAAACAGUCAUUGGAGAUUUAAUAUAAUCUCAUAAAAAACAUAAAUUACAAUUACCUAAAAUAGAACCAAUUAAGGAAGUUAAGAAAUAACCAUAAAGUAUUAAAAUUCCAUGUAAUGAGAUAAUUAAUAAAUAUGAAAAUUCUAAUAAUUCUACAUGUAGCUAUUUUGAUUAUUUAUUUGAUUUAUAAUAAUCAAAUAUAGAGCAAUUAGAGAGUCCAAAUUAAUAUUUAGAUAUGAUUCCUUUCGAAUCUAAUCAAUCUUUAUAUAAGGUGACUGCAUAAAACAUAAUUAUUUUAUCACAUAAUCUUUAAUUGUUAAAAGAAUAAUUAUAAUCUAUUCGUAAUACUAAGUUGAAAGACAUGGUAAAUCAAAAAUAGAACGAUUAUAUGUAUAAGUAAUUAUCAUCUGAACUCUAAUAAUAAUAAAUUAUUAAUAAUAUUUUACAGUAAGAAAUAAAUUAUUUAAAAAUUGCUACUGGUAUUUGUGUAAUAGGCAUAUUAAUUUUAUUUGUAGUGUUAUGCUUACAGAAUAAUAAAUAUAAUUAAACGAGGAAUUAUCGAAAUUAAUAAAUUUUAAUUUAAAAUUAAAAGAAUAUCCCAGAUAUUACUACUCUUACUCCAAUUUUAGUGAAUGGAUACUCAAAUAUUAAUGAUGAGAAUAUUCAUUAUAUAAUAAAGAGUUAAAGCAAUAUUGAUAAAAAUCAUAAAAAUAAGAAAAAGAGCAAUUUUGUUCAUUGA